UAUGGCUCCAGGCUGGAUAGAUCUUACCUCGAAGGUUUAUUCGCUCUCACAAGUAUCUCUUCCGCAGUCAGGCUAAGUACUGUAGGGUGAAUCCGAGAGUGUUCGGCGCGGCGACUCAGGCCAGGCCUAUCUGCCGCCGCCCAGUGUCACGUGGUGCUUUGAGUAACGUGAUUUCCCAAUGCGAUCCGCAUGUCCCGUUCGUUCCAAGUGACUGAUCGCUGUGUGUGUGUAAUCCGUUUGUAAAUCCUCCCCCCACACCCCCCUCCCGACUGCCAACCGACCGCCGAACCCGACCCCCGCCCGCCCGCCCGACCGACAAGCCCGCGAAACGCCCGACCAACCAAACUGGCGUCGGCGGAAACAGCCACCAUGCCCGACCAGGACCUGGCCUCCAAGUACAUGGACCUGCCGCAGCAGGGGCUGGCGAGCAUGGCCCACACGCCGCCCUACGCGCAGCCCUUGGGCUACCAGCAGGCGCCCACCCCGGGCUACAACCCGCCCGGCUACGGAUUCCCGCCCAUGUACCCGCAGAGCUCCUACCCGGGCUACCCCAUGAGCUCCUACCUCACGUCCCAGUGCCCUUCGCCCUCCGUCGACGAAAAACCCGAAGACGAGGCGACAGUCCGUGUUGGCGGGAAAGGCAAGAAAAUGCGAAAGCCGCGGACCAUCUAUUCAUCUCUUCAACUGCAACAACUCAAUAAAAUUUUCCAAAGGACUCAAUAUCUAUCGCUGCCAGAGAGAGCUGAACUUGCUGCCAAACUUGGUCUCACACAAACACAG